CUAGUCGAGCAUAUCGUGAGGUCGUGCAGCAACCAGGAAUCUUUGCGGACUCAUCAACAUACUCAGCAUCAUUGACAUUUUUCCUUGAUCCUCCGAGUUAUCCUGCGUAUUGGUGGUGUGGUUUUCAUCAUUAG